AUGGCAUUCAAUAAAAAUGAUAUAAAUACAAUAAAUGAAGCAAAGGAAUACUCCAAUUAUUAUGGAGGAGUCCUUAAACCAGAAGAAAAGGCUAUCUUUUAUAGUAAUCUUUUAAAACCAAAUGAAGAGGCAGCACUUAAAAUUAAUGAUUUGAAGGAAAAAGGAGAAGCUAUUGAUAAAGAAAUUAAAGAGUUAAAAAAGAAAUAUAAUGAUUUACUAGAAAAAAAACAAACUGUUUUAGAAACUAAGAUUAAUACAGCAAUUGCUGCUUUAAAAAAUGAUUUUAGAACUGUUAGUACAGAUGAUCACAGGUUUUUUAAAGAAAUAAUUAAGAGUAAUAAAAUUAUUUCAGAAGAAAAAUAUAAAUCUGAUACCUCUGCUAUUCCUGAUGAAACUUAUAUUUAUGAUAAUGAUAAAGUGAUUGAUUUUAGUGUCUGUCAUAUAGUAUUAAGUUCUGAUGCAAUUAAUAAUGAAGUAAUUCAAGAGAAAAUAUCUGUUUAUGAGAAUAAAGUUUAUCUUAAAUAUUCUUUACUUGCCAAUAGUAAUAUUUUAAUUAAUAAAUAUGAAAAAUAUGUUAAAAAUUUACUCAAAGACUUAACAGAAAUAGGUACUACUAUUAUUAUCUUUCAAAAAGAAGAAUUAGAAAGUCUUCAAGAUGAGUGA